AUGUUCAUGGGCAGUCCCAUUAUUGAGAAUUGCAGUGGGCGGAGGCUAAGGUCCUGGCUGAUGGGUGUGGCCAGCAACCAAUCCCCCGCCCCCGGCCCCUUCAGCGAGGUGAGUGGCCGGGUGUGGUCAAGGGCCGAUGUGGUGACCCUGCCCCGCGCGCGCGGGGCCCCUCCGCCGGCGGGGGUCGCGCGCGCGCGGCGGGCGGGCGCGGGGCCGGCGGAGGGGCCCCGCGCGCGCGGCCGCCGGCGGGCGCGGGCCCCGCGCGCGCGGCGGGCGGGCGCGGGGCCGGCGGAGGGGCCCCGCGGGCGCGGCCGCCGGCGGGCGCGGGCCCCGCGCGCGCGGCGGGCUGGCGCGGGGCCGACGGAGGGACCCCGCGCGCGCGGCCGCCGGCGGGCGCGGGCCCCGCGCGCGCGGCGGCGGGCGGGCGCGGGGCCGGCGGAGGGGCCCCGCGAGCGCGGGCCCCGCGCGCGCGGCCGCCGGCGGGCGCGGGGCCGGCGGAGGGGCCCCGCGGGCGCGGCCGCCGGCGGGCGCGGGGCCGGCGGAGGGGCCCCGCGGGCGCGGCCGCCGGCGGGCGCGGGCCCAGCGCGCGCGGCGGCGGGCGGGCGCGGGGCCGGCGGAGGGGCCCCGCGGGCGCGGCCGCCGGCGGGCGCGGGCCCCGCGCGCGCGGCGGGCGGGCGCGGGGCCGGCGGAGGGGCCCCGCGGGCGCGGCCGCCGGCGGGCGCGGGCCCCGCGCGCGCGGCGGGCGGGCGCGGGGCCGGCGGAGGGGCCCCGCGCGCGCGGCCGCCGGCGGGCGCGGGCCCCGCGCGCGCGGCGGCGGGCGGGCGCGGGGCCGGCGGAGGGGCCCCGCGCGCGCGGCCGCCGGCGGGCGCGGGCCCCGCGCGCGCGGCGGCGGGCGGGCGCGGGGCCGGCGGAGGGGCCCCGCGCGCGCGGCCGCCGGCGGGCGCGGGCCCCGCGCGCGGCGGCGGGCGGGCGCGGGGCCGGCGGAGGGGCCCCGCGAGCGCGGGCCCCGCGCGCGCGGCCGCCGGCGGGCGCGGGCCCCGCGCGCGCGGCGGGCGGGCGCGGGGCCGGCGGAGGGGCCCCGCGCGCGCGGCCGCCGGCGGGCGCGGGCCCCGCGCGCGCGGCGGGCGGGCGCGGGGCCGGCGGAGGGACCCCGCGCGCGCGGCCGCCGGCGGGCGCGGGCCCCGCGCGCGCGGCGGCGGGCGGGCGCGGGGCCGGCGGAGGGGCCCCGCGAGCGCGGGCCCCGCGUGCGCGGCCGCCGGCGGGCGCGGGGCCGGCGGAGGGGCCCCGCGGGCGCGGCCGCCGGCGGGCGCGGGGCCGGCGGAGGGGCCCCGCGGGCGCGGCCGCCGGCGGGCGCGGGCCCCGCGCGCGCGGCGGGCGGGCGCGGGCCGGCGGAGGGGCCCCGCGCGCGCGGCCGCCGGCGGGCGCGGGCCCCGCGCGCGCGGCGGCGGGCGGGCGCGGGGCCGGCGGAGGGGCCCCGCGCGCGCGGCCGCCGGCGGGCGCGGGCCCCGCGCGCGGCGGCGGGCGGGCGCGGGGCCGGCGGAGGGGCCCCGCGAGCGCGGGCCCCGCGCGCGCGGCCGCCGGCGGGCGCGGGCCCCGCGCGCGCGGCGGGCGGGCGCGGGGCCGGCGGAGGGGCCCCGCGCGCGCGGCCGCCGGCGGGCGCGGGCCCCGCGCGCGCGGCGGGCGGGCGCGGGGCCGGCGGAGGGACCCCGCGCGCGCGGCCGCCGGCGGGCGCGGGCCCCGCGCGCGCGGCGGCGGGCGGGCGCGGGGCCGGCGGAGGGGCCCCGCGAGCGCGGGCCCCGCGCGCGCGGCCGCCGGCGGGCGCGGGGCCGGCGGAGGGGCCCCGCGGGCGCGGCCGCCGGCGGGCGCGGGCCCAGCGCGCGCGGCGGCGGGCGGGCGCGGGGCCGGCGGAGGGGCCCCGCGGGCGCGGCCGCCGGCGGGCGCGGGCCCCGCGCGCGCGGCGGGCGGGCGCGGGGCCGGCGGAGGGGCCCCGCGGGCGCGGGCCCCGCGCGCGCGGCGGGCGGGCGCGGGGCCGGCGGAGGGACCCCGCGCGCGCGGCCGCCGGCGGGCGCGGGCCCCGCGCGCGCGGCGGGCGGGCGCGGGGCCGGCGGAGGGGCCCCGCGGGCGCGGCCGCCGGCGGCCGCGAGCCCCGCGCGCGCGGCGGCGGGCGGGCGCGGGUCCGGCGGAGGGGCCCCGCGCGCGCGGCCGCCGGCGGGCGCAGGCCCCGCGCGCGCGGCGGGCGGGCGCGGGGCCGGCGCAGGGGCCCCGCGCGCGCGGUUGCCGGCGGGCGCGGGCCCCGCGCUUGCGGCGGGCGGGCGAGGGCCGGCGGAGGGGCCCCGCGCGCGCGGCCGCCGGCGGGCGCAGGCCCCGCGCGCGCGGCCGCCGGCGGGCGCGGGCCCCGCGCGCGCGGCGGGCGGGCGCGGGGCCGGCGGAGGGGCCCCGCGGGCACGGCCGCCGGCGGCCGCAGGCCCCGCGCGCGCGGCGGCGGGCGGGCGCGGGGCCGGCGGAGGGGCCCCGCGGGCGCGGGCCCCGCGCGCGCGGCGGCGGGCGGGCGCGGGGCCGGCGGAGGGGCCCCGCGGGCGCGGGCCCGGCGCGCGCGGCCGCCGGCGGGCGCGGGGCCGGCGGAGGGGCCCCGCGGGCGCGGCCGCCGGCGGGCGCGGGCCCAGCGCGCGCGGCGGCGGGCGGGCGCGGGGCCGGCGGAGGGGCCCCGCGGGCGCGGCCGCCGGCGGGCGCGGGCCCCGCGCGCGCGGCGGGCGGGCGCGGGGCCGGCGGAGGGGCCCCGCGGGCGCGGGCCCCGCGCGCGCGGCGGGCGGGCGCGGGGCCGGCGGAGGGACCCCGCGCGCGCGGCCGCCGGCGGGCGCGGGCCCCGCGCGCGCGGCGGGCGGGCGCGGGGCCGGCGGAGGGGCCCCACGGGCGCGGCCGCCGGCGGCCGCGAGCCCCGCGCGCGCGGCGGCGGGCGGGCGCGGGGCCGGCGGAGGGGCCCCGCGCGCGCGGCCGCCGGCGGGCGCAGGCCCCGCGCGCGCGGCGGGCGGGCGCGGGGCCGGCGCAGGGGCCCCGCGCGCGCGGUUGCCGGCGGGCGCGGGCCCCGCGCUUGCGGCGGGCGGGCGCGGGGCCGGCGGAGGGGCCCCGCGCGCGCGGCCGCCGGCGGGCGCAGGCCCCGCGCGCGCGGCCGCCGGCGGGCGCGGGCCCCGCGCGCGCGGCGGGCGGGCGCGGGGCCGGCGGAGGGGCCCCGCGGGCACGGCCGCCGGCGGCCGCAGGCCCCGCGCGCGCGGCGGCGGGCGGGCGCGGGGCCGGCGGAGGGGCCCCGCGGGCGCGGGCCCCGCGCGCGCGGCGGCGGGCGGGCGCGGGGCCGGCGGAGGGGCCCCGCGAGCGCGGGCCCCGCGCGCGCGGCCGCCGGCGGGCGCGGGGCCGGCGGAGGGGCCCCGCGGGCGCGGCCGCCGGCGGGCGCGGGCCCAGCGCGCGCGGCGGCGGGCGGGCGCGGGGCCGGCGGAGGGGACCCCGCGCGCGCGGCCGCCGGCGGGCGCGGGCCCCGCGCGCGCGGCCGGCGGGCGCGGGGCCGGCGGAGGGGACGUGCACAAGGGGAUGGGAACCGGCGAGGAAAACUGA